GCAAUGAACAAAAUCGUCAGGAUAGCAGGACUAUCCGGUGCCAUAGCUGUUGCUGUUGGAGCCUAUGGGGCCCAUGUGAUUCGUGAUGAUGAAUCGGUAGACGUGCGAAGGAAGAAGGCAUUUGAGACGGGAUCGCGAUAUCAUCUUAUUCACACAUUGGCUUUACUGGCUGCUCAGCGAGCCCGCUAUCCUUUGGUUACGAGUGCUGUUUUUCUUAGUGGGAUCGUCAUGUUCUGUGGACCAUGUUAUCAUUACAGUCUCACUGGCAAGGAAAAUACUCGACGAUUCACUCCUAUCGGGGGCGUUCUAUUCAUACUUGGUUGGCUUACAUUCAUGCUCUAA